AUGAACGCUCUUCGUUCUACAAAGCAAGCAUAUCAUUGGUUUGAAAACCAACAGGCAAAAGAACUUUUAGAAGAAUUUCCUCAUAUGAUUGCUUCCCUCGGAAAACCGAGGGAAGAGAUUCCGUACGAAAAUCGCAAGAAUUUGGCACCUGGUUUGAAAGGUUAUUAUGUUCAUAGACUUUUAGUAAAUGCUGUAGCAAUGUGGGCUUCACCUCGUUAUGCUUGUUAUAUUUUCAUGAUGUUAGAUGAACUAUAUAAAGCAGAACGCGAACAGAUGGAAAAGAAACUUCAAGCAAAAGAUGAAGUCAUUGAAUCCAAAGACAAAAGCAUACAGAAAAGAAUACCACGUUCAGUACCAAAAGGAAAGGAAAAGAGUUAUAAGUAUAUGAUUUACGCUGAAGAGAUGGAAAAUGAAGAAGACAGAGAUAUGGUUAUGUUGCAUUUAGUCAGAAGAAACAACAAAAGCUUUUAUGACCUUGCUAAGAUUUACAAAUCUGACAGAAACUGGUUCUAUCGUGAAAACUUACCGAUUUCAAUGACACCGAAUGAGCAAAUAAAGGAAAU